AACAGUGAUAAUAUUGAAGAUAAUCGCGAAGAAAAUGGCGAAGAAAAUGGCGAAGAAAAUGGCGAAGGUCACGGAAUAAAAGAUGAGGCUCCAGUUGAAGAAGAGGUUGUAGAAGUCGGCAUUGAACCAGAGCAACCUAUAAAUGUUGCGAAGUUGAAGAAUGAAGACGACGAAGAUGACGAUUUUGAUGAAGAGGAGGUUUCUCUGGAAGAAAAGGACGAAGAUGGAGACGACUAUGUGGAAGGAGACGAUGAUGACGAGGACGACUUUCCCAGUUCCCGUAGAAAACGCAACCGUAAAAAGACACUGCAGUUUAUUGCUAGUGAUGAAGAAAUCAUGUCUGGCGAAGACUAUGGCUACGGUGAUGCGCCUCCACGUAAGAAGAAAAGGAAGUCUAGAUCCAGAUCAAGAUCCAUAGAACCGUCUCGUGGUCGGGUAACAAGAUCUGGCAAGCUGAUUGAAGAAGUAAAUGUGGUUGCUGACGAAACCAGAGACAGCGACGAAGACGAUAUCCAGAAAGAGAUAGCUGAUUUGUACGAUUCUUCGCCAGUAACGACUCCAGUAAAACACAAAUUGCGAGACAGAGUCACCAAAGUAGACUACACGAUUCCACCUCCUUUAACUAACGAGUUGCAGCUCGAUUCCAUGCGUACUGGAACUCCUCCGUAUUCUGCUGGAGGAUACCGUGGAAGGGGACGAAGACCUGCUCCUAGCAAAAACGAAUAUAGAAAGAUACUCUUUCCCACUGCAGGACCAUUUGGUGGAAGCGAUGUGAUCUCGGUUUUUGGAACCAACAUUCCCCCUGGUGGUAUACCUGUUCCUGGCUUAAUUGGUAAUAAUGCCAACUUGACUGCUAUUGGCCAGAACUUGGACGAUUCCGACUCCUCAGAUGAGGAAAUAUCACCCAUAAAUGGUGAAGCUACCGUCUCUAAAAAGCCUGUGUUUUCAGCUCUUGGCACGGAUCCAAAAGACAAGAAGAAAAAUAGUCUCAGCGAUACCGAUCCGUUAGGCAUCGACAUGAAUAUUGACUUCUCCGUUGUGGGUGGCUUGGACAACUAUAUCAAUCAGCUCAAAGAAAUGGUCGCCUUACCGUUGUUGUAUCCUGAGUUGUACCAAAACUUCGGCAUUACACCUCCAAGAGGUGUUUUAUUCCAUGGACCUCCUGGUACUGGUAAGACAUUGAUGGCAAGAGCUUUAGCUGCUAGUUGCUCUACAGCAGAGAGAAAAAUCACAUUCUUCAUGAGAAAAGGAGCUGAUUGUUUAAGCAAAUGGGUUGGAGAAGCCGAGAGACAGUUGAGGCUUCUCUUUGAAGAAGCAAAGAACCAACAGCCUUCGAUCAUUUUCUUUGAUGAAAUCGACGGUUUGGCGCCGGUUAGAUCUUCCAAACAAGAACAAAUCCAUGCCAGUAUCGUUUCCACCUUGUUGGCAUUGAUGGAUGGUAUGGAUAACAGAGGCCAAGUUAUCGUAAUUGGCGCUACCAAUAGACCUGAUUCCAUCGAUCCAGCUUUGAGACGACCUGGUAGAUUUGAUAGAGAAUUCUACUUUCCUUUACCUGACAUCAACUCCAGAAAGGAUAUACUCAAGAUACACACUAGAAAAUGGACUCCUCCUCUUGCCGACCUGUUUGUAGAAAAGAUUGCUGAGUUGACCAAGGGGUACGGUGGUGCUGAUUUGCGAGCUCUUUGUACUGAAGCUGCUUUGCACAGUAUCCAAAGAAAGUAUCCACAAAUCUAUCAGACAAAUGAAAAGCUCGAGGUACAUCCUUCUAAAGUAAAGGUUAUAGCCAAGGACUUCAUGAAGUCCCUCGAGAGAAUCGUCCCUUCAAGUGCCAGGUCUACUUCUACAGGUUCAGCACCUUUGCCAGACCAUUUGAAGUCGUUAUUACAAGAUACUUUAACUGAAGUAACGUCUAAAUUGAAUGACUUACUUCCCGAUUCUGUAGGAUUGCCUGGAAAGAAGAAGUUGACUGCUUUGGAUGAGGCUCUUUACUUGGAUCCUUCUACUGGAGAUGAGGAUGGAGGUUUUGCCAGACAGCAACUAUUGAGAAACUUGGAAAAGUCUCGUGUUUGCAAACCUCAUUUGAUGAUUUCCGGAGAAGCAGGUAAUGGCCAGCAGUAUUUGAGUGCAGCUGUUUUAAACUAUUUGGAAGGUUUUCAAGUCCAGUCGUUGGAUAUGGGGACAGUGUUUGGUGAAGCUACUAGAACACCUGAACUGAGUGUCGUACAAGCAUUUGUAGAAGCCAGAAGACACCAACCUUCGAUUUUAUUUAUUCCUAAUAUCGAUAUCUGGUUCCAGGUGGUUCCUCAAUCAGCCAAGGCUACCUUGACGAGUUUGUUGAGAAAUCUCAAGAGCGACGAAAAGGUCCUUCUUCUUGGAAUAGCUGAAUCACCAGUAGACGAACUUGAUCCUGAAGUCCAGGUUCUCUUUGGCUUGGACAACCAUGCCAAUAAUGUGAAGUUGCAAAACCCCUCAAGGGAACAGAGACAGCAUUAUUUCAGCACAUUGUUCAAGACCAUCAGAAUGAAGCCAUACGAGUUCAUCAACGAUUUGGAGAAUAGACCCAAGAGAAAGUUGAAGAAACUCAAGGUUAUCAAGAGUGCGUCGGGAGGAUCUGACAUGAUCACCGACAAGAAGAAGCUAAAGGAGUUAGAAUACAACGACACCAAGUUGAAGAAUGUGUUGAAGUUAAAGUUUGCAGGUUUGAUGGACUUGUUCAAGAAUCGUUACAAGCGUUUUAAGAAGCCUAUCAUUGAUGAAAAUUAUCUCAUUCAUAUCUUUGAUCCUUCAAUUUUAGAGAAUCCACUCUUACAGUACGAAGUCGCCUAUGUCAAGUCAGAUGACCCUGCUCAUGAGAAUAUGAUCAAGGAACUUGCUACUGGCAGAUACUAUUACAAUAUGGACUUGGACAUCAUCGAAGAAAGGAUGUGGAAUGGCUACUACAGUGAGCCCAAGCAAUUCUUGAAAGAUAUCAAGAUGAUUGUCAAGGAUUGUAUAACUUCGGGUGAUAGGGAGAGAAUUUUGAAAGCUAACGAGAUGUUGACCAAUGCUCAAUUUGGUAUAGAUGAUUUUUCAACCCCUGAAUUACUUAAAGCUUGUAGAGAAUUGAGGGCAAGAGAAAUCAAGAAACAUGACAAAUUGUUGGAAGAAAACAGA